GUCACCGCUGCGCUGUCGGACUUCGCCGCCGCGGCGCUCGACGGCGCGCUGGGCUUCCUGCUGCGCCGGCUGCAUCAGCGCGGCAACCUGGUUCUGGCCGACCCGGAGCGGCCGACCGAGCGCUGCGGCUACCUGGUGCUCGGGAUGGGCAAGCUGGGAGCCGGCGAGCUCAACUACUCCUCCGACGUCGACCUGAUCGUGCUCUACGAUCCCGAGCGGAUCGACUGCCGCCACAAGCGCGGCACCGCCGAGACCAUGAUCCGCCUGACCCGCGACCUGGUGCAGCUUCUGGAGGAGCGCACCGGCGAGGGCUACGUCUGCCGCACCGACCUGCGCCUGCGGCCCGACCCCGGCGCCAUGCCGCUGGCGAUUUCCUUUAACGCGGCCAUGACCUACUACGAGUCGCUGGGCCAGAACUGGGAGCGGGCGGCCAUGAUCAAGGCCCGCCCGGUGGCCGGCGACCGCCAGCUCGGCGCCCAGUUCCUGCGCGAGAUCCGCCCCUUCAUCGAGUUCUUCGUGCAGACCCAGCAGCUCAUCUUCGGCGGCCGCAAUCCCGAGCUGCGCACGCCCGAGACCCUGGCCGCGCUGCACGGCCUGCAGGCCUUCGGCCAGAUCGGCGCCGCGGCGGUGCGCGACCUGGAGGCGGCCUACCACUAUCUGCGCCGGCUGGAACACCGGUUGCAGAUGGUCGCCGACCAGCAGACUCACCGGCUGCCCGAGGACGCCGCCGGCAUCGAGCGCCUGGCCGCCUUCUUCGGCGCGCCCGACGCCGAGAGCUUCCGCGCCGAGCUGCUGGGCCACCUGGAACGUGUGGAGGAGCACUACGCCGAGCU